AAAAAUAAAAGAGAAAACUUGGAGCCGAGUGUGGCUUGUUCCUACCGCAUCUCAGUUUUUGCGGGACAAAAGGGAAAGUUGCUGCCAGAAAGCAAAAAAAAACAGGGAGGAAGACAUAGCGAGGGUUUUCCAUCUUGAUGAUGAAGAGCAGCAAAGUUUGCGUUACUGGAGCUUCCGGCUAUCUUGCUUCCUGGCUUAUCAGGAAGCUCCUCGAGAAAGGCCAUGUCGUUCAUGCUACCUUGAGGAACUUAGGAGACGAAUCCAAGACGAGGCCCUUGAAGAGCCUCCCAGGGGCGGACACGCGUCUUCUUCUCUUCGAAUCCGAUCUCUUCGAGCCCCACUCGUUCGAGGCGGCCAUCCAAGGGUGCGAGUUUGUCUUCCUCCUUGCGACGCCUAUGUCAAUCAACGCCAACUACUCUCAGCAUAAUCUAAAUCUGACAGUAUUGGUGAAAUUGAAGCAAGAUAUUGUCAAUGCUGCGGUAGCUGCGGUUCAGAAUAUCUUGCGAUUCUGUGAACUAUCCGGGACAGUGAAGCGAGUCAUCUACACCGGUUCUGUCACGGCUGCAUCACCAUUGAAGGAAGAUGGCACCGGUUAUGAAGAUUUCAUCGACGAAACUUGUUGGACACCCCUCGAUCUCUCAUUUGCCCACUGUGAAGAUCUUGAGAAGUUUUACACAUGCGCGAAGACGCUCUCCGAGAAAGAAGUGUUAAGCUACAACUACAAAGAAGGGAAGGGAGAAUUACAAGUGGUAAGCCUAACUUGUGGCCUGGUUGGAGGAGAUACAAUUCUUCCCUUUGUACCAUUGAGUGUACGAGCCAUUGUGUCCCCACUUACCGGAGACAAAGUGAAUCAUAGACAGCUGAAGUUCCUGCAGGCGUUGCUGGGCUCAGUGCCUUUGGUGCACAUAGAAGAUGUUUGUGAAGCCCAUGCUUUCUGCAUGGAGAUGCCUUCGAUGACCGGCAGGUUCCUCUUGGCACGUGCAAACCCAUCGAUGCAGGAGAUUGUGGACUACCUUGCCGCCAGGUACCCUGAUCUUGAUGUGAUUAAAGAGGUUGAGGGAGAAGGGCAGAGCAUACAGAGCAAGACAAGAAAGCUGGUUGAUAUGGGCUUCAAGUAUGGGUUUGGUGUGGAGCAGAUAUUAGAUGACAGUGUUGAAUGUGCCAAGAGGCUAGGCGAACUUAACGUGGAAGUCUAGCUCAUGAUGAUUAUUAAUUGCAGAUGUUUAUGAAUUUUAGAAUUUGGUAAUCAUGCACUGCAGUAAAUGUUAAAUGAAACAAAGAUAUAUCCACUUAAAAUAAAUAAAUAAAUAAAGGCUUGUUCUGCACCA